AUGUUGAUCCAAACCUUCUAUAAUGGUUUAACUCAUGAGUUCCAAAUCUAUAUUGACGCUGCAUCUAGGGGUUCUCUCUUGACUAAGAACCCAACUGAGGCAAAGGAACUAGUUGAGAAGAUGGCAGCCAAUGAUAACUAUCACCUAGGAGGCCGAAAUAGUGUGAAGAUGGGAGGCGAUCCAGGUAGCUACUCAAAUCCGGUGAAACUUGGAGACAUAGAAAUAAACAGAGCAUUAUGUGAUCUUGGUGUAAGUGUGAGUCUUAUGCCGCUCUCUAUCUGCAAGAAACUUCAAAUGGGUGAAAUAAAGCCUACACGUAUAUCUUUACAACUUGCGAAUCGGUCAGUCAAGUUUCCUUUGGGUGUACUUAAAGAUGUUCCUCUAUGCGUGGGAAAAUUCUUUAUUCCAUGUGAUUUUGUUGUGAUGGAAAUGGAGGAGGAUGCACAUGUUCCUAUCAUUCUAGACCAUUCUUAG